UCCAGGAGCAUGCGCGGCUUAAUAAACGUGCAAACUUCCGCGUGUUGCAUUUAACCAGAAGUGAUGUUCGUAACCGUCAUUGUUAUCUCGAACCGUCCGUGAGCGCGCGUCAUUUGUUGCGAAAGGACCAGUGCGUGUUAUCAGCCCAUACGUUUCAUUCUAUGGCAAUUGCGGUGCCGCAAGCGCCCUCGGGCCGAGUGCAGAUUUGGGUUAAAAAAGGCGCUUUUCAAUGUCGCCACUCGUCGAAAGCAGUUCCGCAUCUCUAUUAGGCCGCGCAUGCUCUCGGGCACACUAUCUCGGACACAGCAACUGCCGCCUAGUGUCGCACUGCAGAGCAAAGCCGGCCGCCCGCGCGCUCUACACAGCAGUGGACGGCACUGUACUCCUCAACCACUUACACAGUCGUCUGCAAGGGAGAAGACCUAGACUGUAUAGCAAGCCAACACAACGUUCUUUCACAGUUACUUGGCAAGACAGUACGCCUAAUAACACUGAAGCUGGCAAAGGCUCCUCCUGCAGUGUCUCAAGUGCUGAAACUGUGCCUACAAGAAGCCCUGUUAAUGACCCUCAUGCAAGCCUUUUGGCACAGUCAAAACCAGACUUGCUUCGCAUGUCUCCAAGUUUGGCACUCGAUGCAGUCCCUCCAUCAUUCUCCACAUCAUCCUCUGACAGAGAGGAGGUUAUUCAACACACAUUGGAAGCAGUGAGAAGUGGAUGUGAGAGUGAGCUAGAAGAAGACCCAAUUCCACGUUCUGUGCUAAAAUUGGGACCCUUGCCGUCAUCUGGGAAGGCCUUAUCUGAGCUGUUACCCAACUUGCAGCCUUGCAAGUCUAUUGGACUCUUCAAGGAACUGUGCACUGAUGACGAACACUCACUUAUAAGUGAAGGCUCAAGAGAGGUUCAGCUAGUAAAGAGGCCACUGCUAAAUAUAAUUGCUGAGCGACAACCAUUAGAGAAUGAAAAUCUGGCUGCAAAGGGAACAUCAAGCUCUUUUGGAAAAGAGCGAUCAAGAAAGAAACUAGACUUUGAAGGUGACACAAAUGGUGUAGCUGUAUCGACUUUUGGGAGGCAACAUGGAACAGUUUCUACAAAUGAGAGUGCAAAUCUUCAUGGGAAAGAAGAAAGGUCUGCUGAAAAAGAAUCGAAGAGCAGGCACUCCAAGAUACAUCAUGUGGAAGUUCCAAAACGCAGCUCACUUGAGAAUGAAGGCGCAGCAUCAGCUAAAAAGCGUAUGUCAGAUGUUGCAUCCAUGUCGAAGGAUCACAGCACACCUGUCACUCAGAAGAUCCAAAUCAAAGAAAGAUCAGUAUACACCUAUGAAAUGGAAAGUCAAAAACACAACUUAUUUGGAAAUCAGCGAGUUGUGGCUGCCAGAAAGCGCAUACCAGAUCUUGCAGCAUUCAGACCACGAUCUCACAGUACACCUAUCGCUCCUUUGAGACAUGUUACUUCAAAUGAAGAUCCUAGUAUUCCAAAGGACCUUGGCCCUAUGUUGUUAUCGAGAAUAGUUAAAAGAGCUGCACUGAAAUUGGAAGCGCAGCCUGUCUCUUCUGACAUCUUUCAUGCUGCCAGAAAUGCACCGCAUAUGAGUUUUAUUUCCCCAAGCACAGCAGCUCAAAAUCAACAGCACAGGAGAGCUUCUUCGCACUCAUUAACAAAACAGAGGCAACAUAUAACACAUCAAGAUAACAUUGCUUCUGGAGGAGCUCACAAAAACAAUGAAUCAUCUACUGGCAAGGCAUGCAAAUUUAUUUUGGGAGAGCAGCAAGAUGUUUGUAUUCGCAGACGUCAAGACUCUGAUGGUGCAAAACAGUUGUCUUUGUCAAAGCAUAACCAGUGCCAAGACUGCGCUGAAGAUAUGCAAGCCAGUAAAAAACGCCUUGAGCGACAUGUGUCCUUCUUUGAUGAUCAAAGAAGGCAUUCGGAACGUACUGUCAUCAACAAUGACGUGCAGAGUGAAGCAGAGUCUCCAGUCAUACCUAAGCUUCAGGAAAGCAGUCGUACAAGGAAAGGCAAAGUGGAUGUAUGCAGUGAAAGAGAGCGUGAAGUGCUCGUAUUAAAGCUUCUGAAAAGUGGUCAAACAAAGAGCAGUAGGGAUGCACAGUGUGGAACAGAGUCACCAGUCAUGUUCAAGCUUCAGGAAAGUGUUCAAGCGAAGAAGCCCAGAAUUGACGCACACGACCUACCAAAGUCUCCAGCCAUAGCCAAGCUUCAAGAACAUGCCCAAAGGAAGAAGCGCAAAAAAGCCAAGGUUUGGGUUCGGGUUCAACUAUAUGACCACCCUAAUGGACAGCGUGCAAAAUCUGACGUGAACAUGUAUGACAUCUAUCUUUCACUUGCACUUGAAAUAAUUGAAGAGAAAAGCUCUGCAACAUCAAGCAUCUGCCUGUCACUUGCAAAAUGCAUGCAUCCACUCCCAGUGCACUUCUGCAACAGCCCCAUCUUCUCUGGCAUUUGUGAAAUGCAUGCAUGUGUUCCCGUACUGCUGCUCUUGGUUUUUUUUUUCUUCUUUUUUUUUUCCUUUUCAUAUUCCUUCACUCUAUGCAAAGCAGUAUCACACCUCACUGCAACUCUUUCUCUGCUUCAACGGUGAGUGUCUUCCUGUUGUGUGGCAGCAUCUUGCACUGAGAGGUGCAGCACUGUCUUUCACUGCAUGCUAUCUUAUCUUACAGAACUGCUGAAUGCAGUCUAGCAUUUCGAGUCUUCCUCUUAAGCUUUGUGAGUAGUAGUGAUGUGCUAGCUAUUGCUGUCAUUGCUUCAGACUUUGGAUGAAACUGGAGCCUUCUUUUGUUUUUUUCCUCUGUGCCUUACACUUAUGACAGGUUAAUAAAAAGCAGUGAUGCAGAAAGAGAGGUUUACAUUCAUUAUCAAAAUAAUCUUGAUACUUUAGUGGUCUGUUAACUUCACGAAUUGGAAAGGAGCAGGUACCAGCACACACUGCAAUAAUCAACUAUGCAGGAAAAAUUUAUGAUGUGUAGUGAACUUUUUUUUUUUGUUCUUCUUUUCAAGUAGCAUAUUUUAAAUUUAACUUAAUGCUAUGGUUUUGUUUUAAGUUGUUUUCUCUGACUAUCCUUUCUUU